AUGAACAUUUCGAGGCCGCCAAGUUGUCGUCUCAUUGUCUCUUUGACGUUCUUCAUCUUCAUCUGCUUCAUUUUCCAUCGAUUUUCCGAUGAUCCAAACACCCAAUCUCUUGUCGUCUCCAAACAUGAUUUGGAAAAGAAAACUCUGCUGCGAGCAGCACUGAUGAAAGCAUCGAUGCCCGAUAGAACAGUCAUUCUGAUGGUCGUUAACGGAACUUGGGCGAAACCGGCAUCGAUCCUCGACGUCUUCCUCGAAAGCUUCCGAGUCGGAGAAGGAACGGAACAUCUAUUGAACCAUCUGCUCGUUGUCGCCGAAGAUAGCCGAGCGUUCGAGUACUGCAAGUCCAAGCAUCCCCAUUGUUUCGAACUGGAAAACUCGACGAAGAAACUCACCGAGAUGACACCGGGAACGCAAGGGAGCCUCAUGUUUAGUCCAACGAGAUUGAUGCUGCUAAACCGAGUUAUCGAAUUCGGUUACAAUGUCGUCUUCACCAAUGCAGAUGUUAUGUGGCUGAGGAAUCCGUUAAGUAAACUCGAACCCAAUUCCGAUUUAUCGAUCAGAUGCGAGCUCUAUCCGAUCGAUGCUAAAACAUUCGGGAUCAAAGGAGAUGGCGGAUUCUUUCAUCUCAAGGCAAACGCAAGGACUAUUGAAUUCAUCAGAAUAUGUAACAUGAACAGGGUUCUCUACCCCGAUUCCGAACAUCAAUCCCUCUGCAAAAUUUCCGAAAAAGAAGAGUACGUCGGCCUCAUCGGAGUUGACGUUUCGUAUUUCGGUGAGGAGAGUUUCUGUAGGCUUUGUCUGCCGUGUGGUUUGAAUCAGAUACUUACGGUACAAGCAAACUGUCGUGACAACAUUGAUAGCAAGAUCCAUGAUAUGAAGCUUGUUCUUGAUGACUGGAGAAACUUCUUACAACUGUCUUCGAAUAAUGUUAGCUCGAACCGGUCAUCGGUAUCGUGGAGAGCUCCGGUUAGAUGUGUCGUGUAA